UGAAACUCUGAUGAGACCGUCAAGCCCCGCCCACUCUUCUCCCAGAAUCCAUUGGUAAACAAGGGAGCAGAUCGUAGGUCAAACCACAGACUUUAAAUAAAAAGCUUCAAAGUAGUUAAAAAACGAUCUGGACGUUUCCCUCUGAUCUCUGUGGAUUUUACAGAAACUGUUCGAACGCUUGUUUUUCACUUUUGCUCAUCGCUACUGAAUCUUAUUUGUUAUUCGAGCCCUUGGCUAAUAGCAGCUAGCUGUUAGCUCGGCUAGCUCGCCAGUGGAAACAGGAAAGUGAUCAAGGAGAAUAUCUGAGCCAUGUCUGGACCCAACGGAGACCCGAGCAUGUCUAUGGAGGACGGCGUCAUAAACGAUGAAGAUGAGUUCGGUGACGAAGAGUACAUUGCCAUCAACUCCAUGCUUGAUCAGAUCAACUCCUAUCUUGACGGCCUGGAGGAGCGCAACGACGCGCUCAACGGCAAAAUGCACGAACUGCUGGAGUCAAACCGACAAGCCCGGCUGGAGUUCAGGGCCCAGCUGCUUGGCUCCCAAACCCAGGAUGAGCAUCAAUCCACAGACGGGAAGGAGGAGCUGAACGAAGAUGGUGGGGGCUCGCAAAUGAGCAACAAGAGCAAGUAGACAAGUGGGGACCAAAAAAUGCAGGAAUAGAAAUAUUUAUUGAAGACGUCUCAACUAACCCUUGAUCUGCAUCGUCCAUACCUGUGAAUUUUCACCCUCAUCGGCAGACGUGUGCCCGACUGUGGUAUUUUAAAUCCCCUCGAUCAUUGAAUGCAGUGCAGUUUCUCUCCUUUGUUGAACUGUAGUGUGCCGGUGUGUUGCUCCUGAGCAGAGUGGAGUUUAUUGACCUCCAGCAGCUUCUCAUACACGUUGGACAUUACAGUAACUUUGCCAUGUGAAAAGCUGCAUCCGUCUGUGCAGAGUUGUUAAUGUUCAUGUGAGACAUUGUGGGGACAUUUCCUAACACCAGAAAUAGAACUAUAUAUAAUGUAAACAAUAAUAUAUAAAUGAUCUGAAUUAAUAAUGUGGCAUCAUUACUGAAUAAAACAAAGUUUAAAGUUAAUUAACCCUGAUGUCCAUCGUGAUCUUAUCAACGAAUUAACUAUGUUAAAAAGGUCAUCACAGAUUUGUCACUUGUCCUCAUGACCUGUCAGUGUUGUGUUUAGUCGUAGCUUUAAAAUCUCUGUAUAUUAUCAUCCCAAGAAAAGAAUAUAUGCAACAUUCCAUUUGUCUGUCUGUGUUUAAUGUUUGAUUUUUGUUGCGAUUGUAUCUCUACGCUGUGCUGUCCUGUUUCAUGAAAUCUGUUUCUAGCCAAAAACCAAGUGGACAAACUGGUAAUUGUCAGACAUUUUAAUUUAAAUUAAAAGGGACCCCCCCCCCCCAAACAGAAAACAAACAUCCAAAAAUACAUUAAACUUCCAGCAAUUAGAAAACAUCAACUGCUUGUUUGUUCAACUCAGUUUUGUCAGUAGCUGAAUAAAAAUACAUUAAGAAACAUACAGCUUUGUUUGAAAUGAUCUUUUGCACGUCUCUAUCUCCGUUUCAGAGCCGAAGCCUUGUGUCUCGUUCUUGCAGGACAGAACUUCAGACAAUACUAAUCAUGUGACAGUCGCUGACGUGACGACAGUUGCUACGCGUCAGCCAGCCAUCUGUGGUUUAAAGCAUCUUCCUGUAAUGUGGAAGAGGAACUGUUUCCAUAACACAUUAGUCAUGAAAAAGGAAAUAACACAUCCUUAAAUAAAUAUUUGCGCUUUGUAUCUCAUGACUGCUGAAAUCCUGAAACCAAAGAUAAAUGUUUGUAUCAUCUGCAGUUGGGGUAGUUCUCUAGUUCUCGUUUCUUGUCUGGGUUGAAGAGAUACAGUAAUACUUUGUACUAAAGUAAAUUCCUACAGAUGGUGCAUGGGUUGGUUUUUGCAGAUAAUAUUGGGGUUGUUAACGUAAGUGUGAUUUCAACUGUCCACUGCAUUUCAACUAAAACAUCUUCAAUGAGAGAAAGAAAAUCAAAGAUCAAAGCAAUGGUAAACUGGAGGCAACAAAACAACCCCUUCAUAUAUUUUUGUGUCUUCAAUGCUCGUAGAAGCAUUUUUUUAUGUCCAUUAAGCUAUGAACUCUAUAGCUAUGGAACUACAACUCUAAUGCAGUCACACUUGACAAACGUUCAUGGGAAUGUGACAGCAAACAUGAUCGAUUCUAUUUUUAUCUUAUAAAAGAC